AUGGCAUCGCAGACUCCUCCGCACUUGGACUCGGAGAGCGUGACGAGUGGGCAAACGUCUGCCUCGCAAAUGCCGAUGCAUCAUUACCCAGAGGAUCAGCGACAACAGCAGAAUGCAACGCCUUAUACGGACCGCUCAGAGGAUGAUCCGCCUCCGAGUUACACUGUAGUUGAUAAUGAGGGACCUCACGCGAAUCCAUUUGACCUGCUGCCCACCAGCUCAUCCUCCCUUGGCCUGCAUCCCUUCAAGGGGACUUCCAACGACAAAGUAGUCUACUAUCUCGACAAGCGUCUUGAUACAGACCCUGAAUUUCUCGAGCAGCAUAUCUCAGAACUCGCCAAGGAGCCACCAAGACCAUACGUUCGCAUCCAGGGUCUAGACCGCAAGUCCGGCAAGGAUGGGAUCGACUUUGACAUCCACAUUGAACUCACGCCCCUGCUGUAUCAAGAGAUGGCCACUCGUCGUUCGUGGAGACGCAUACGCGCCGUCAACAAUUUUGACAAGGUGCGCCGCGGGACAGCGACCAUGACACGCGCACCAGGAUUUGGGGGCAGCGGACCGCCUGAGGAGGGUACGCCGGGUGUUGCGCAAUGGUGCUAUCGAUACUGUGCGAGCAGAGCCGGCCUAAAGGUGUUUGUCCUAGAGCGGCGCUUGACGGGCUGGGACUUCGCCCUCGUGGGGUCUAGGCUGGAGAGUUUGGUGCGGGGGACAGGAUAUCGUGGGGAACUCAACAUAACAUUUCCUACGACGAAUGCACGCGUUGAGAUAUACAACCGCUGCCUAACCAACCGAUGGCGCCUCACACGAUGGAUUGUUGUUCUAUUUUAUAUUACUCUCCUGUGGAUAUUCACCUGGCCGUGGGUGUCGCUGCGAACGAGGUGGUACGAGACGGUAUUCGUGGAGUGGUCGCUAAGUCGCCCUGACAGACAGGGAACGCUACGGUAUGCAUGUAUGAGUGAAGAUCAGUGGUUCAGGCUCUGGCGACGGCCCAUUGAGCAGGCGAUUCAGACGAGGCGACGAGGACGGUUGAGCCGUGAUGAUAUAGUGGAUGAGUGCGUGGCGCCUGGGGCUGAAGAUUCCGCGAGGGGGAUGAGAGCGGGACUGGAGGUUCUGCAACGGACGUUUGGAUGGGGAGGAGAUGGGGAGAGGAGUGGAAGACAUUCGCCGUGUAUUUGA